AUGUCAGACCAAGCGUAUUACAGCAAUGGAUUCUCCAAAGUGAUAUCCGAUACACACGCAUGGCGGAAUGUCGAAAAUUAUGUUCCUUACAUUAUUCCUUAUCUCAACAAAAGCCAAAAGUUGCUUGACGUUGGAUGUGGUCCAGGCACAAUUCUGAAGGACUUGGGGAACUACGUGCUGGAAGUGAUUGGAAUUGAGCCUACGGCCGAAUUGAUUGAACUUUCAAAGGCCCAGGACAACUUGCCUGAAAACGUCCGUUUCCAAAUUGGUCUGGUUUACGAGAUCCCAUUUGAAGACAAUUCCUUUGAUGUUGUUCAUGCACUGCAAGUGAUUGUGCAUAUUGAAGAUCCAGUCAAGGCCUUACGGGAGAUGUUGCGUGUGUGCAAAAAGGAUGGCUAUGUUUGUGUGAAAGACGGAGAUUUGGCUUCGACUGUGAUUUACCCUGAAAAGUAUGCGGAGAUCAUGUUGAAUGCCAUAUCACACAGACCCACUACGCUGAUGGUAGGCGGAAGACUGUUGAAAGAAAAAGCGUUGAAGGCUGGCUAUCUGCCAGACAAAAUUACCAUGUCUGGCAAGGUCCAGUACCUCAGCAGCGCCGAAGAGAAAAAGAAAAGGUAUGACAUGAUGCUUCCACGGAUGUUACAAAGUUACGAGGUGACAGAGCACAAAUACGACAAAAAGACCGUAUUGGAUACGAUUGAAAAGUGGGUCAAUGACGAUGCUGGUGUGUUGAUUUCUGUUAGUGGAGAAUUAGUUUACCGGAAAUGA